AUGGGCCAGGAGAGCAUUCCAAUCCAGCAGAUAGAUGGCUCUUGGGAUCUGGCUCUGAAGUUUGCAGACACCUUUGACCUUCCUGCUGGAUUGCUACUAUUUCCAAGGGACGAUGAAUUAGACGAAGAAGACGAUAGUGAUCACCAUCAUCAAACUCACACCCUUUUCCCACGUUCCGAUUCCAACUCCUCCACCAACAACAACAAAAACUCCUCCUCCUCUCCCACUCCCCUCGAGACAUACCGCGCCAUCUCGAACGUCGUCUUCGGCAUCCAAGUCGCCGGGUCCCUAACCGCCGAAAACCAACGCAACUAUCUCUGCAACAACAACAAUUUCAAAAUGAACCCCAUCGAAGGUCUCGGUCUCAACUACGAUAAACUGAAACAAGUCAUCUGCACAGAUAUCCCUACCAGUCAGAUCCCGCUGGACAACAAGACGGUGGCUGAUUCGUUGCAGCUGUAUAAUGCCAUGUUGUGGUUGCAGAUGACGUUUAAUGUGUUCUUUGGGAAUGCGACGAAGUUGUGUGAUAUGUUUAAUGUCCAGCAGGCGGAGAAGGUGGGGAUGGAUGCGAUUAAUAUUAUGUGGAAAAUCCGAGAAUACACCAACAACAGCCUGACCGUCGCGCAACCCCUCUCCUCCGGGAAGGUGAAGCCGCAUCCGGCUAAGGUUGGGAAGGACGGGUUGAAGGGCGUGUUGGAGGGGUUGCAGCUUAUGAGGGAGAAUAAGGUGUCUGGAGUAAAGUUGGUCUAUAAGGUUGAGGAGACGCCGUAG